GUCCCCGACUUCAGCAGUGGCUGAAGUGGGAUCCUAUUCCCUUCAAGGAGGCCCGAGCCGGUCGCCCUCCCGUCCGCUCCCCGACUGUUACAUCCGGCGAGCUGCUCCACGCCGCACAGUGGUAGCUAGCUAGCUCGCUCGCGCGGCGCUAGUGGAGUGGUGGUUUCCUUAUUCUCGCAACGUCUCGGUGGCGGGCAGGGAGGGCUGCGGCGCCGCGCGUUUGCGAGAUCGGGAAGGGGAUCAAGUGAGGGGAGAUGGGGAGGGGGCGCAGCGAGAUAAAGCGGAUCGAGAACCCCACGCAGCGGCAGUCCACCUUCUACAAGCGCAGGGACGGCCUCUUCAAGAAGGCCCGGGAGCUCUCCGUCCUCUGCGACGUCGACCUGUUUCUCCUCCUCUUCUCCGCCUCCGGCAAGCUCUACCACUACCUCUCCCCCACCGUCCCGUCCGUCGAGGAGCUCGUCGAGAGGUACGAGGCCGCGACGCACACCAAAGUUUGGACUGAUAUACGGCAGGAGAGGCGCGCCGAGCUGGAGAACGUGGGCAGGAUGUGCGAGCUGCUGGAGAAGGAGCUGAGGUUCAUGAUGCUGGCUCACGAGGAGCAGUACACGGUGCCGUCGCUGGAGGUGCUGGAGCGCAACCUGGAGGCGGCCAUGUACAAGGUGCGCUGCGAGAAGGACCGGAAGAUUGGGGGCGAGAUCAACUACCUCGAGAACAUUAUCAAGGGAAGGCAAGAGGAGCGGUACGGAUUGUGCGACAAGCUUGCUCAUGCUCAGACCCUGAAUGACGUGGAAGGCGGGUCCACCUCGCUAAGCAGUGGCUUGGACCUCAAACUUGGUUUCAACUAGCAAUGGAUGGCAGAUCGAGGACAGAUGAUUCUGCCACAGUGCUGUCUCUUUUGUGCUGCUUUGAGGUCCAGAGUAAUGUCAGGUUGAAAGAUUAUGCACUGUCCAUCUGAAAGUGUCUGUAGGCUGUGACAAUAAAACAUGAACUCUUUGGUACUAGCAUUCUUACAUCAAAGCAUCAUGUAUUAGGCAGGCACAUUGGGAGAAGUUAUCUGUAGUUCUGAACUAUCUGUUUCAUUUAUCUUAUCUACUACUAUCCAAAAC